AUGACAAGUAAUGCGCCAUUAUCUGCGUCGUCGAAGCCGCCACGGCCAAAGUCGCCGCAUUUCCCGCCCCACAAUGCUCCGCGCGUUUGGUUCAUCACAAGAGGCGCAUCGCCUAUUGCCAUCGCGUUAGCGCGGCAAGUGCUGGAACAUGGCGAUUAUGUUGUCGCGGGCGUUAUGCCGCUGGAGUUUGAGAAAAGAGAAGGCCAGAGUGAGGAUUUUCGGACGUUUUUGGAGGAUGUGAAACAAACGGACCGAUGGCGCGAGCAUUUGAGGGUCGUUGGGUUAGAUAGUAGGGUGGUCGGCCAAUGUCAAGCAGCUGUUGCUGAGGCUGUGGAGGCGUUUGGGCGCAUCGACGUGUUAUUGUGUGCUGCGAGCGAAGCUGUGAUCGGCUCCGUAGAGGAACUCGCGCAGACUAGCCGGACAAGAAGUCUGGUCGACGAGAUCUUUGAGAUCAACUUCUUCGCGAACGUCAACAUCAUCAAAGCCGUACUUCCGAUCAUGCGCGAACGGAAAAAUGGUCACAUCAUCGUGAUAACUGGUAUUACUGGCCAUCUGGGAACACCCGGUCUAGGCAUGUACUGCUCUUCUCAAUGGGCAGUCGAAGGCUACUGCGACAGCCUCGCCUACGAAAUCGCCCCCUUCAACGUAAAAAUGUCCCUCGUCCAAGCCAACAUGGAAGUCAACGUCCUCACCAACCGAAUAACCUCCGUCCCCCCAAUGUCCGAAUACCUACAAGGCGAGAACCCCGCGCCCCUAGCCCGCGAAAUCUUCUCCGGCCUCCUCGACAAACUAGAAAGAAUCAACAACCCGUCUGCCCAUCCCCCCUUCGACGAAAACACAACCAAUACAACAAAAUCCCCCGGAGACGAAAGCGUAAUGUCAGACACCAACCCGGAUGCGGAGCCCACCAUGGGCGAUUUGUUGAGUUCAGAUACGGUGACGAGUCUGUAUGCGCCGUUGCCGGUGGGGGUUAAGAGCAAUUUGAUCGCGGAGACGGUGCAUGCGCUUACGGCGAUUGGGGGGCAUGAUAAUCCUCCUGCGAGACAUAUUGUGGGGACCGAGGGUGUGACGGCUGUGAAGGAGAAACUGAAGACUACGAGUGAGGAGUUGGAGGACUUUAUUGAGGUUAGUGGCGCGGUGGAUAUUGCGCAGAGGGAUGGGGAGGGGAUGGUGGGGUUGGGGUUGGGGGUGGAUCAUGGGAUGAUAUGA